AUGUCCCUUUUAGCACCCCUUCUGGAAUGGAGAACGUCGGAUUGUGUCAGAGGAAUAUGGAAAUCUGAUGCCAGUCGUCAACUUCUUUGGAGGAAAGAGAAGCCGCUACGUUUAGAUGGUCUGGAACUGAGCCGAUGCCGCGAGUAUGGGCCGUCCUGGUCAUGGGCCACGUUACCUGGAGAAGUUAUCUAUGAAACUGGCGCAUGGCUCCGGAAUCUUGGGGAUACAGUGAACAUCAUCUCCCCGGAAAAGUACACUGAGAAUCCAACCUGCCUCAUCAUAGAAGGCCACAUCCAGGAAGCCUACUGGGAAGGGCAGUAUUUCGAUCCUGAUAAACCUAACAGAGCAGACGAGAAUACGCUACUGGUGCAUGUAGCUUGGGACAUCGAAAUGGCAUCACAAUCAGUAUUUCUGCUUGACCUAACACCUUCAUGGAAAUCUAAUAUGAACAUGGGGCUGGUGUUAGUACAGGUGGAAGGGUACGAGGAUCGUUUUGAAAGGCGCGGCCGUUUUGUACGUAUUGAGGAGGGCUCGGCUGUGAUGAAUGAACAACUCAACGAUGAUCCGAACAACAUACUGUACUCCGACCAAAAGAGCGUGUUUCAACAAGUAUCAGUUAUCUAG